CCGCCCCUCCCCGGGGCUUCGCCCCGGACCUGCCCCCGCCCGCUAGCCUGCGCUCAGACAGGAGCUCUGGGCCGGGCGCGCUGCCGCCCUGGAGUGAGGGAAGCCCAGGCGAAGGGGGUCUCCGGAGCCGGCCGCGAUGGACGCCGUCUUGGAGCCCUUCCCGGCCGACAGGCUGUUCCCUGGAUCCAGCUUCCUGGACUUGGGGGAUCUGAACGAGUCGGAUUUCCUCAACAAUGCGCACUUCCCAGAGCACCUGGACCACUUUGCGGAAAACAUGGAGGACUUCUCCAACGACCUGUUCAGCAGUUUCUUUGAUGAUCCCGUGCUGGACGAGAAGAGCCCUCUACUGGACAUGGAACUGGACUCCCCCACCCCAGGCAUCCAGGCUGAGCACAGCUACUCCCUGAGCGGUGACUCGGCGCCUCAGAGCCCCCUCAUGCCCAUCAAGAUGGAGGACACCACCCAAGACGUGGAACAUGGAGCAUGGGUGCUGGGACACAAACUGUGCUCCGUCAUGGUGAAGCAGGAGCAGAGCCCGGAGCUGCCCGUGGACCCUCUGGCUGCCUCCUCGGCCAUGGCCGCUGCUGCCGCCAUGGCCGCCCCCCCGCUGCUGGGCCUCAGCCCCCUGUCCAGGCUGCCCAUCCCCCACCAGGCCCCAGGAGAGAUGACUCAGCUGCCAGUGAUCAAAGCAGAGCCCCAGGAGGUGAAUCAGUUCCUCAAAGUGACACCGGAGGACCUGGUGCAGAUGCCUCUGACGCCCCCCAGCAGCCACGGCAGCGACAGUGACGGCUCCCAGAGUCCCCGCUCUCUGCCCCCCUCCAGCCCUGUCCGGCCCAUGGCCCGCUCGUCCACGGCCAUCUCCACUUCCCCCCUUCUCACCGCCCCUCACAAACUACAAGGGACAUCAGGGCCACUGCUCCUGACCGAGGAGGAGAAACGCACCCUGAUUGCUGAGGGCUACCCCAUCCCCACAAAACUCCCCCUCACCAAAGCCGAAGAAAAGGCCUUAAAGAGGGUCCGGAGAAAAAUCAAGAAUAAGAUCUCGGCCCAGGAGAGCCGCCGUAAGAAGAAGGAGUACGUGGAAUGUCUAGAAAAGAAGGUGGAGACAUUUACAUCAGAGAACAACGAACUGUGGAAGAAGGUAGAGACCCUGGAGAAUGCCAACAGGACCCUGCUCCAGCAGCUGCAGAAGCUCCAGACUCUGGUCACCAACAAGAUCUCAAGACCUUACAAGAUGGCCGCCACCCAGACUGGGACCUGCCUCAUGGUGGCAGCCUUGUGCUUCGUUCUGGUGCUGGGCUCCCUUGUGCCCUGCCUCCCUGAGUUCUCCUCCAGCUCCCAGACUGUGAAGGAAGAUCCCGUGGCUGAUGACAGCGUAUACACAGCCAGUCAGAUGCCCUCCCGGAGCCUCCUGUUCUACGAUGAGGGGGCAGGCUCGUGGGAGGAUGGCCGCAGCACCCUGCUGCCCGUGGAGCCCCCAGACGGCUGGGAGAUCAAGCCCGGGGGGCCGGCUGAGCAGCGGCCCCAGGACCACCUGCAGGACCACCUGGACAGCACCCACGAGACCACCAAGUACCUGAGCGAGGCCUGGCCGAAAGACAUCAGUGGAAACGGUACCAGCCCGGACUUCUCUCACCCCAAGGAGUGGUUCCGUGAGAGGGAUCUCGGCCCCAAUACCACCAUCAAACUCUCCUAGGCGCAUCAAGACCCAGGACACAGGACGUCCCCUCUGGCACCCGGAAGAGGGGUGGUCUUGCUCUCUAACCCGGAUCCAGCUUGUCCCCCUGCCCCCUGGGCUCCCACCCCAGGAGAAGGGGUUCCACUUCUCCCCAGCCCUUCUUUGCCCCAUUCCCUACCAGGGCCUCUCCUUUCCCCAUCACAUUUGGACUGUUCCCUUGGGCGGACCACUCUGUUCUCACCUCUCCCUCCCACAGCCAUCCGUCCUUCUCAGAUAAACCACUCACUGGGCUGACCCCCUCCUUUCUCAUAAUGACCGACUGGACCACUGCCUCCCUGCCCCCACCCACAAACACACCCAUCAACACACCAACACACACCCCCCUCACCCCCCACCCCACUGUACAGAGACCAAGAACAGAAAUUGUUUGUAAAUAAUGAACCUUAUUUUUUAUUAUUGCCAAUCCCCUAAAAUAUUGUAUUUUACAAGUCUCCAUCCUCCCUUCACCCCUCCCUUGUUUUAUAUUUUAUGAAGUUAGUGCGGGCUUUGCUCUUCCCCUGGCCCUCACCCGGCCUACCCCUGCCGCUGCCCAAGCCGCUGGGCCUUUUUAAUUGCCAAACUGCUUCUUCCAUCAGCUCAGCACAAGCUUUAAGAAGGCAAAAGUAAAAAAAAAAAAAAAAAGAUUCAGCAUCAA